GUUGUCUGCCCCUGCCUGGCGCAAUGUUCGGCUUGGGCCCAGGCCUAGACCGGCUUCCUCGUGGAGGAAUGCGUGAUUACGGUGGUGGUGGUGGUGAUGGGCGAGGGCGAAGCCGUCAGCCGUGGGCCCUGAUACUCGCCCUACGGCUUGUUCACCAGAUCUCUCAGCUCCGGCACAAGCCGCCCUUGACCCUGGCCCUUAUGGCGGGCAUGUCUGCCCUGCACUUGAAGCCCGACAUAUUCGAGGACCUGUUCUAUAGCAAGGGGGUGUUCGAGUGGAGCUGGCUUACGGGAGGUUUCGAUCACAUUCGGAACGUUUGUCUGCUGCCUGCGUCUAUUCUGGAUACGUACGAACGAACGGGUGAGCUGGAGAUCCGACGCUUGCUGGUGUCCCCGUUCGUGCACGGAGACGACAUGCAUCUGUACUACAACAUGGCUUCCUUUCUGCUCAAAGGGGUGUCGCUGGAGCUCACCAUGGGGACGCAGGCUUUCGCCGGGCUCUUGUCCUUCAGCCUCCUUGCCUCUCAGACGCUCAUGAUGCUCUCCGCCUGGGUCCUGCUAGUCGUGUUCGACGUGCCGUCACCUAUGCACGCCUGUACGGUUGGCUUCAGCGGGGUGCUGUUCGCACUGAAGUACGUCUUGUCUCGACGGUCCCCAGGAGUCACAACGGUGAUGGGAUAUAGCGUGCACACCCGUUACGCCGCCUGGCUGGAGCUUGUGCUGAUUUCUGUCAUGGUCCCGAACGCGUCCUUCCUGGGCCAUCUGUGUGGGAUCUUAGCCGGCGUGUUGUACGUCGAGGUGCCGAUCGUCCUUCGCGUGGUCAACCUCUUCACGGGAAUCUCGAUCUACAACAACAGCCGGGGGCCUUCGUACACGUACAACAGCGGCACUAGCGGCAGGGCUAGUCCCGAGGGGGCGAGAACAGAAACCCGGCAGCAGUCGCCCAACCCCCCCGCUGCGUACGACAUAGACAGCGACGCCGAGGCGGAAGAGGCGGCUUUGCAAGAGGCGCUACGUCGUUCUCUGCUAGAAAGCACGGCGGGCGGCGGUGCUAAUCACAAUUUGAGGCGGGACAACGCCGGAAGCGUCACUGACAACCCUGGGUCAAGGUCUCGACCAAUUGAGAAUGAUGCGGUUGCAGCCACUGAAUUCUUGGGGCCGUCACCGACCGCACCACCUCCGGAAGAGGACGCUGGUGGCUACGGAGCAGGGGGCGGCCAAAUAGCACCGGAUGAGUUGCGUAGACGACGCCUGCGACGCCUUGGUGCGGGCACGUGAUGUGAUGGGAGGGUCUGGAA